UCAAUUUUAGGUUAUGUUGGUGUGUUGAUUUGAUUAAUUGAUAUUUCAGUGAUGAACAAUGCUUAUUGUUAUCUGCUGAAUUAUUCCCAGUUGAAAAUGUAAAUCAAUUGCUGCUGAUUUCAUAAAUUUAGCAAAUUAUCCUCAUUUCGUGUAGAAGUUUCUGCUAGAUUUACGGAUGGAAAAGACCUAGAAUUUAAUGAAAUGGAGAUUGAUAACAUAGUGUUGUUGAGGCUACAAGCUGGGAGUAUCGAUGAUAUUAAAGAUGUUUUGAAAAAUAUUACAGAAAAAAACUCUCAGAGAUUUAAAUUCGAAGAACUGAAUGAAUCAGACAGGAGAAGCAAGCUGUGGAGCUUGCUUUUCCAUCACCUGAAUAAAUCUUCAUCAGCGGGCUGCCACAAAGGAUGUCUUUCUACAAUAAGGAUGUUAAGUCGAGACGACACUAAUCUAGAUGCGAUGAUUGAUGAACGAUAUGUGGAUACACUGCUGAUGCAGGCAGGUCUCUAUCAACAGGAUCAACUGCACGACAUAUCUGACAAACAAGAUGAGCAACACAAAUAUGAAACAAUAAUAGAAGCUCAGAAAGCGCUGUGCAAUUUGCUAUUCAAUAGCAGUAAAGUGCAGACGAUCUGCAGUUGCAACAGGACUAUAGAAUCGGUUGUUACCCGAUUGAGACUCUUCAAUGAACCAACACUGCCACAUGAUGUCAAAAUAUUCGACAUUAAAAUCCUUUUUCUGAUUACGGCGCUUUCUCCAGCAGCUAGGGACCAACAAGUGGCUAUUGUUGUUGAAGUGCUGAAGGUUCUGUUCAACAUAAUGCUGAAGUCAACAACCACUCCACAGCUGGCGCAUGAUGAGGACGAUACGGCCCAAUUCAUGAAAUUGCAGCUUAUUCUGAAGAGUAUGCUGUUGUGCAAGACCACGCCUCCACAACUCAUUCAAUCUUUACACAAUCAUGUUGUGAACCUACUGACGUUAGCUCCGAAUGCCUGCCACCGUGAACUGAUCUCCAUAAUUUCUCCCAAUGACACUCCACGAGGCCAUGAGUUCAAUGGCAAGAACAUGGAGGCUGUGGCUGUGCUCAUCGACUUCCUAGAUAAAAGGCUCAAUCAAGUAAAAAAUGGGCAGUGCUCAGACACAGAGACGCUGUGCCCAAUCCUGACAGUGCUGAUAGAGUGCGCGAAGAGUGACUCUCAGUUGCGCAAAUACGUGCGCGCGCAGGUGUUGCCCCCACUGCGUGACGUCACCACCCGACCGGAACAGGGCGACAAGCUGCGUAACAAGCUGUGCCGGCUGCUAACAUGUCCCGUCACCAAUGUGCGCGACCUCGUCGCAGAACUGCUGUUCGUCCUCUGCAAGGAGAGUGUGGCUCGGAUGAUAAAGUACACGGGGUACGGGAAUGCAGCGGGGAUGUUUGCAGAUAGGGGGCUGCUGGGGUGCAGCCGACAGGGGGGGAGUGCCCCCUAUUACUCCAGUGACAGUGACGACAGUGAAACUGAGGAGUACAGCGCCUACAAGGACAGGAUCAACCCUAUUCUGGGAUGUUACGAACCUGCCAAGCCAGAUCCGACCAAUGGAAUGACCGAGGAGCAGAAGGAGUAUGAAGCACUCAGGCUUGCCAACAUGAUGGACAAACUAGCCAGAGAUGGGCUAAUUCAGCCAUGUAGAAUAGGCGAGGAUGGUCGUCCGGAGCCUGUGGAGCAUGUGCUGCAACUAGCAGAGAGCAGCAAUGGACUAGUCAAGAAAAGCCACUUCAAUAACUCUUCUCAUCACAGCGAUGAAGACUGAUCUAUUCAUCAAAUAGUCCCUUAAUUAUCUCAUUUAAACGUUCUUAAGCCCAAAAGCCGGUUAAAUUUUAACCGUGAUUAAUUUCACGAGAACCAAUCAGAGAAGUCCCUUUUGAUAAGACGGCUUCUCUGAUUGGUUCUCGUGGAAUAAUAAUUAAACACAGUUAAAAUUUAACCGGCUUUUGUGCAACCGGCACUUAUUGUAGUGGGAUUCACUUUAAACUGUUGAAUGGGUAGCAUUGGUGUUAUUUAUAAUUAAUGCUGACAAUUUUAAGUGAAUCUCAUGGAGAUUUUCGUAAGUCAGUCGAAAUGAUAGGACUACAUGGUUUUUGAUUCUCAGUAACCACCGCCUUCUAUAUAAUAUUUGAUUCUCAGUAACCACCGCCUUCUAUAUAAUAUGAUAGAUCUGGCUCUGAUUCAAUAUAUUCCCGUAUCUCUGAUAUAAUAUCAAUAAUUGCUGAUUAUUUUAACUAGUAGUUCUGUGAACAGUAGACCAAGCAUCGUUAUAAAUCACAGCCUCUACUGUCCAUCAGAGUAAAUUUUGUCCUGUCGUGUUGUGUAAAUAAAAUAUAUUAUGAAAUAAUGAGAAAAUAUAUUUGAGAUAGAGUUGUUCAUAAUUGAUCGAGCGAAGUGAGGUCUAAGAUUCAAGUUGACUGUUUUGCAUGUUGAUAGUAAACGCGACAAUAGAUUUUCAUGAAAUUUGACAGGUAUGUUCCUUUUUGAAUUGCGUGUCGACGUAUAUAUAUAAUGUUUUUUGAUAUUUUGCAUUUCAAGGGUAGUAUAAAAGGAAGGGAGUUCCCUCCAUAGUCAAAUAUUACUGUAAAAUCAGACUAUAGAAUUAUUCAUGAUUAAUCAGAUGUCGAGUGAAUUAUUCAAAGUAACAUAGUAUUUUCUCUCGACCUUUCUUUGCUUUCAACUCGGGUUGACCAGUUGAAAGUAUGUCUUUGGCAAAUUAGGUUUUUUUUGGUAGUUGUUUUCAACAGAUGAUUAGUAUUGUCCCAAUCAGCCAUUGGCCAUUUUCAUACCGAUAUAAUGUCUCCAACACGACAGAAUUAUUUACUCUGAGGCUGUGGUUCAUAACUGCGCGAGGUCUACUGCUCACAGAACCACUAGUUUUUCAUUAUGUUUCUCCAUAGUCAACAAACGAUUUGGCAACAGUGCGGAGGUAGAAAAGGAUAGAGCUAUGUGCUUUGUCUAAUAACAGAGUUUAGUUUCCGUCAUAUAACACUACAGAAUAAAGCAAAGCUUGGGUAGUAUAUGACACGUCAAAAGUAUCGAGUACAGUACUCAAAAAAAGUAAUCAUAAAAGAGAGAGAGAAAAAAAGAAGAAAAUCAGAACAUACAAAGGAGUUGAAAAAAUAUGCUUGCAAAAAAAUGCCUACACGCGCCAACAGUUGGAACUUUCCUCUAAACUGUACGGGGAUGCAUCGAUCAAUUUAGCUUUUAUUGCAUUCUUAAACCUUUCUGAGCUCUCAAUACAUUUUAUUCCAAUAGGAAGAGAGUUAUGCUCUUAAUUCGCUAUAAUGUGGCUCUUUCUCUAAGCUUGCUGUUCUGUGUUGCGGGUACUGAAGAUGAACUAUCUGGUUUCUAGUAUUGUAACUAUGAUGGAUAUGACUCUCUCUCAAUAUCUUGUCGUUUUUCUUUGCCAUAGUUGCAAUUUUGAGGAAGUACAGUGCAGGAACUGAUGAAAUUCUAAGUCUACUAAAAGAGUUUUUACAUAAGGCUUCAAGUUGUGGACAGUUGUGAGGGCUUUCUAUUGCUUUUUGAAGACAGAAUUAAGAUUAUUUUCUCCACUCCCCCAGAGCAUUAUGCUGUAUUGAAUUAUCGACAUUAAAUAACCAUGCAAGACAUUAAAUAGUGUUUUUGUUCCAACUACAUUCUUCAGUACUUUCAAAGAGAAGCAGACACUUGAGAGUUUGUUCACUUGAGACAGUUUCUGAUUCUGACUCCCAAAAAGCAGACUUCAUCCUGAACAAUCUCAUCCAUCUUUUGGCUGAUUGUGCCACUUAACUUACUGGUCUCAGUCAAUUUGAAAUCCAAUAAUUUAGUUUUGUUUAUAUUCAAACAAAGACCGUUAGCCUGAAACCAGAUGUUCAUUUGAUUAAUAGUCUCUUCAGUCCUCUGGACAACUUUUUCCCACGUUCCAGUCACAAUCCUUGUGGUAUCAACCGCAAAAAGAAAGACAUUGGACGUGAUAUUGUCUGGAAGGUCAUUCACUUAAAUUAUGAAUAACAAAGGGUCAAGAAUAGUUCCCUGUGGUACACCGCAGGGUAUAUUUCUCCAUUCUGAAAAUAGCUUAUCCCAUUGUUAUCAUGUAACUUCACUUUCUGUUUCAUAUUUAAUAAAUAAAUUUCAAAGAAAUUUAAAGCUGAGAUAUCCAGGCCAUAAUAGUUCAAUUUGCAAAGCAACAGGUGGUGAUUAACCAUGUCAAAAGCUCUGGAGAGGUCGCAGAAGAUCCCCAUUGCAUGUUUUUUCUGAUCCAAACUCUCCAGCACAUCAUUUACAACAUUAAAAACAGCAUUUCUAGUUGCAUGACCUCUGCGAAACCCAUGUUGAUUUUUGAACAGGAUGUUAUUUAUUUCUAAAUAAAAUAAUAUUAUUUGAGUGCCUGGCUGGCUCAGGUCUGAUGUCAGAGUUUUCAGGUCGCAACUGAUCAAUUUCAGGGCCUCUGACAUGACCUAACGACUGCUUUUUAAGCAGCCGGGACCGACGGCUUAACGUGUCCAUCCGAAACACGGGAGUGGCCCGAGAUAAAUAUCUUGCCCGGCCGGGAUUCGAACCCGGAAAUAUUCGAAAUAUUUUGAGAGUUGUUCAUGUACAACUCUUUCAAAAAUCUUGGAAAAAACUGGCAAAAUUGCUAUUGACCGAAGUUCUUUCUGAUUCCCUUUUUUGAAUAGGGGUUUCACAAUAGCAUAUUCUAGCCUACUUGGGAAUUCGCCAGUUUUCAAUACCAGAUUUAUAAUAUAAGUUAGAGGUCCUGAUUUCAGAUGUUUGGAUGCUUUUAUAACUGAAGAUGGACUUUCAUUCCAACCCGAGGAGGGGGAGCUGUUCAAUCUUGCUAUGAUACUCACAACACUCUUCUUAGAAACAGUUUUGAAAUUGAAUGAAGAUGUACAUCUUUUCGCUUUAUUCAAGAGCUCAGAACAUUUAUCAAGAGAUUGUGAAUUUAAGUUUGAAGAGGAUGAAGUUAUAAAAAAUCCAGCUUGGUCUUCUGUUUCGGAUUAGUUAUAACCUCUUCAGGGAGAUUUAUAUCUGGGAUUGCGCUUUGUUUUAACAUCCUCCAAUUUCUUUCUUCACAACCUUCUAUGUUUCUUUAUUUAUGUUUUUAGACUUGUAAAAAAAUUCAUCAUUCAUCUUCCUUUUUGCAAGAUUGAUAACCUUCUUCAAAACUGUUUUUUAUUUUUUUAAAUAUUUCAAUAAUCCUUCAGUUUGACUUUCUCUCUUUUCCUGGCAAUACUAUUCCUGAUUCCAUUUGUCAACCAUCUCUUCCUAUUAGAGACCAUAAUUUUUCUUUUUUUGUUGUGCUGAUUGGGAAAGCCUCUAUGAAUUUAUUAUAAAAUGAACGGAAAAAAGCGUUGAAUGCACCAUUACUUGAUUUUUCUCUCAUACAGUCAUCCCAUCGUACAGAAUUCAAAAGCUGGAGGAAUAGGCCCAUUUUAUCUUCGGAUACUAUUCGUUUUGUAAUGAAGAAAGAGUUUGAUUCGUGACUUUUUUAAUUCAAUUCCAAUAGCCAUGUGGUCGGAGAUACCCAGCUCAUGCAACGUACUUGUUAUCAGAUUGUGAUUAAUGCUAGUGAUAACAUUAUCAAUACAAGUUCCAGUAAAUGGGGUGAUUCUCGUCGGUUUAUAGAUUACUGUGUUGAGUUGAUGAGAUCGGAUCAAACGACUAAAUUCCUUGCUAAUGUUAUCAUCCACCAAUAGAUUAAUAUUAAAAUCAACUCCAAUAAAUAAAUAUUUGGUUUUAGAGCCAUUUCUUAUCUUUUCAAAAAGCAUCUCAAUUUUAUGAAGAAAUAUCAGUGCGUUGCUAUUUGGGGUUCUGUAUAUAGAUAUGAAUAAACAAGUUUUCGGUUUACCUCCCACUCUUACAACUACUUCAGCAGCUGAGCACUAAAAAAUAGUUUCUUCUGCCAGCUUGUUCAGCAAAGGAUAGCAACAGGUCAGACAAGGAUAGCAAACCAAUCUUGUUUAUUCAAGAGUCAAGAGUCAACGUGAUAUUGAAAAUAUUUUUAAUUAAAUAGAGUUCAGUCUGAUACAUGUGAUGGGAUAAUUCGAUUAAUCAAAUUGCUCUAGCCAACAGGAACUUAUCGUAGUAUAUUAAACAGUUCAAAACUCAAAACAACUCAAAAGCAUAAAAAAAAAUAUUUUAUAAGAAUAAGUAAUUUUAAUCAGUCGAUUCUAACGUUAGUUAUUAAUAACAAUAGAACAAAAUGAACAGUCUUAAGGCCCAUUAACGGCUAAAAUUAUGCAUUCAAACAAGGUGGGACUCGAGCUAUACGAAUGUAUUUUUUUACCAAUAGAACAUUACACUAAUUUUCCUACAGUAUCUCCCACUCUAUCAUAUUUAAUAGGAUUGGAAAGUACCUAGGUUUACACUUGAUAAGGUUGUACACGUCGCCCCUAGAAACCCCGACCUUCCACUUGUGUGUGGUCAGUGGUCACAAUCCUCACAAAAUACCUCAAUUGGGACUCCACCAAGCCACCAAAAUAAACAAGCCUCCACGGUAAAACCUUCUACAACCUUCACUUUCUGAAAUAUGAUAAAUUAAAUUAUCUCAAGAAGUAUAAUUUACAAAAAAGGUUUCAUCCUCAGAAACCUGUACCACCUUGGCAACUUGAAAGUUCCCAAAUCGAAAAAUUUGAAAAAUGUCACCAGUAGAAAGCUUCUAAAAGUGAGAUGCAUAACCUCUUGAUACUUGUAGAAAUGCCACUAGUAGCGCGACAGCGCCGUGGUCGUCAUUGGUUGCGUGGUAGUCAUUGGUUGCGUGGUAGUCAUUGGUUGCGUGGUAGUCAUUGGUUGCGUGGUAGUCAUUGGUUGCGUGGUAUCCAUUGGUUGGCCCUGUGGAACACACUGUCAUCAUAGAAUUCCUGCAGGCUAUAGUAUGGCUUUUGUUGUAGGUGUCUCUUCAGUAGGUCCUUGAAGGCGCCUAUGCUUUCGAUAUUUUCUAUUUCUCCUGGGAGAUGGUUUUAAAUCCUGCUGCAUAAGUAUCUGGGCCCCUUUUGCGCCAGUCCUGUUCUCACUGCCAGUAUAUGGGUGUCAUUAUGUCGUCUUGUGUUGUAUCCAUGUAUAUGUUGGUUCCGUUGGAAAUAGUCCGGUCUUCUUUUAACCAUCAGCUAAUUCAAAGAUAAGGAGGGCUGGGGGCUGGGAGUGGUAGUAUUCCAGUCUCAAUAAACAAAGGUUUGCAAUGUGCCAGGUAGUUUUCAUUGCAUAUAAUUCUAACAAUCCUCUUCUGCAGGAGAAGCACUCGUAUUGCGCUAUGGCUGCUCCCUCAGAAUGUUAUGCCAUAAUUCAUUAUGCUCUGGAAGCAGCCAUAGUACACCCUCAUUAGUAUUUCGGUGUCGAGUAAGCUUCGCAAUCGGCUCAUCAUGUAACAAACUGCAGUAAGUUCUUUUGAAAUAAGGUCAAUGUGAGUCUGCCACUUUAAGUUGUUGCUGAUAGUAACUCCUAGAUAUUUUAUAUUUUCAUCGACCUUUACACUAGAUCCCUCAAGUCUGAGAAGAGGUGUUGAAUCAUGCUUAUUUCGGUUAUAGAACUGCAUGGCUCUAGUUUUCACUUUGUUUAGUAUUAGCCUAUUAGCAUGGCACCAAUCACUCACAUCUUUUAAUCCUUCCUGAGCUCUGAUAUGGAGGCUUUUCAUAUUGUCUUCCUGUAUUAGGUGACUGAUGUCGUCUGCGAACAGCCACACUUUUCCCGUUGAUAUAUCAUCAGGCAUGUCGUUUAUGUAAAGUAAGAACAAUAACGGGCCCAGAUUUGAACCUUGAGGGACUCAAGGUUUGUAUUGGCGGUGAAACGGAUGAUUUAUAGCAUAUAGUCAUUCCAUCUUGUACUGAGUGUCAUAUUUACAGUCUGGGUUCUGUUCUUCAGGUAGGUGGCAAUCCAUCUCCAUGGUUUAUUCUUUAUUCCUAGGUUUGACAAUUUAUGCAGGAGUAUGUUAUGAGAGAGAAGGUCAAAAGCUUUCGUCAUAUCAUAAAAUAUACAAAUUUGUUCUCCAAUUUCAUCAAGAUUCUCAUAUAUUUUAGUUAUCAGAUCAAAGAUGGCGUCGUUUGUGCUCCUGUUUUUUUCUAAAGCCGUAUUGGUAUUCAUUGAACAAUUUUCUUUUUUCUAGGUAGGGUAUAAGUCUCCUAAGAAAAGCAAAUUCGUAUAUUUUAGAAAAAAACACUGAACUGAAAUGGGUCGAUAAUUGCCUACUUGGUCAUUCUCAUUUUUCUUAUGGAAAGGUAUUACUUUCGAUAUUUUAAUUGAAUCAGGGAACUGGCCUUGGUCAAAAGAUUUGUUUAUCAAGGUUGAUAGGUGUCCGGCUAUUGAGUCUACACAUACCUGCAUCAAACUACAAGGAAUAUCAUCCACACCAGAGCUAGACUUGGCACUUAUUUGAUUGAUGAUAUCCCUGAUCUCUUUUGUGGUAGUUGGCCAGAGCUGGAAGUCACUAUCUGAUAUUUCAUGGGCUGUAUCAAUGUUGGGCUCAAUUGUGGUGGCUGUUAACUUCCGAAUUUCGGAUAUUAAAUAGUUAUUGAAAAUAUUUGCGACCAAACCAGGAUCGGUUAUAACCUUCUCAUCUUGUUUCAAGCAUAUAUUGUUGUGGACUGUUAUAUCAUCAUUUGUUAAGCAUUUCACAACAUUCCAUGAAGCCUUACUUACAUUUUUGAUUUCUCUAUUUUGUUUUUGUAGAAUUUUCUUUUGGUUGUUUUACACAGGUAGGAGUAUUGCUUCUUAGCUUCAUUGUACUCAUUUUCUAGAUGUUGUCCUCCGUACUUGUGUGUAUGCCAGUAUAAUUCUUUCAACUCAUCUCUUGCUUCAACAAUUUCACUCUUCAUCCAUCCAACAUUGAGUGAGUUCUUCCUUUCUCUGUAAAUCAUCUUAGGGAAGCAGACUUCAAAUAUAUGUAGAAAAUUGUUGUAGAAGAGCUUAAAAAGCUCUCGCUUGCAUCGUAGGUAUGGUCAAGUAAAAUAGUCAAGUUGGCUAUGACGGUAUGUUCUGUGGUCCACUCUAGUGUGCUGCUCGGAGGUCACAUGCAGGUUAUAAGAUCCAAUUAAGUCAUAGAGAAUAUCUUUUUCACAGCUAUCUACAAGGCUGUCAAUAUUGAGGUCGCCACAUAAGACAAUUUGGUGAUUAAAGUAUGAGUUUCUGACCAUGCAUGAAGUAUUUUCAAAAAUUUCCAUGAAUUGUAGGAAAUUAGUUCGAUAGGGUGGUCUGUAUAUAUUUAUUAGUAUAAAACUGUGCUUACCGUUUUUUUACAAUUACACCACAACAUUCAAAUAUUUCCUCGAUACAAACUUCUUUCAAUUUGGCUACCUCAACCAUAAAUUAUUUGGAUAGUUUACUGAGCUUUCAGUAUAGAAAACCAAACCAGGUACAACGUAGAAUCUAUACUACGCGUGUAUUCUCACUUAGUUUACUAUCAAUAAGGUUCAAGUUGUUAUUUAGGGCUACUCGUAUUUACAUACAAAUAAAAAAUCACAGCACCCUUUCAAUAUAAAUUUAACAUGUGUCGCACUCUUUAGUCAUUUCAAGUGUCAGUUGUUUCAGAAGAAUAAACUCGCCAAGAAUAAAAAUACAGUACGCAAGUACAGCAUAAUAUAGACAAAGACACAAAAAUUGAGAAUCAAAGCACCCCUUCAAUGUAAAUCCAAACAUGAUUCGCACUCUUCAGUCAUUUUCAAGUGACCCAUCCUAAAAGGAGGCUUCGACCCUUAAUCCUCACGUUCCCAUCCACACACCACACCGCAAAUGCACACUACAUUAUUUCAACUCUUACCAAGCUUACAGAAUUCAUCUGAAUCAAACUUUAGCAGCUCUUGCUCCAUAAAUGAUUUCUCUCAAUUAUACUUUUAUAACUUUAAGCAAAUUAAUUCUCGUUCAAGUUAGUUGAACAAGACAAAUAAAUUUUUUUCCAUAAAUGAUAUCUCUCAAUCAUACCUAAAAAAUAUAAACAUUUAAAAAAUUAGUUCAAAUUAGAACACUUUUAAAGCUUUAAACAAACUAACUUUCCUUCAGUUAGUUAAAUAAGACAAGUAAACUUUUUUCCAUGAAUGAUUUCUCUCAAAAAGAUAGCAUACUUUCCCUUAACAAAUUCUUUACAAAAGCUUGAGCACUAUGGCGUCAUACACCAUGAAAAUCGUGCAACAUCAAAAUACAACAUCAUAACUUACCGCAUGCAGUAAGAAGAUAUCCUGCUUUGGCCAAUUAUAUACUUGAAAACUAAAA